UAGUCAGUUAUAUUCAUGGAUAAACUCCUCAGACCAAGAAGAGAACACGUCAUGUCAUGCAACAAUUCUUCGGAAUUCAAACCUCCUUAGUCUUUAUAUAGAGACCUCAAGAAGCUAGCCUUGCCCAUCAACACAAAACUCCGUAGCCAAACCAUGGCGGCAAUAAUAAACUUUACAAAUUUCCUUCUCAUCGCAGUUCUCUUGGCAGUGACCUCCAGAAGCACGACGGCGUUAUCCAAUUCAACUUCAGUGGUGAAAGCUGCUUACUGGUUUGAGCAAUCGAUCUUCCCUGCUUCAGCCAUAAACUCAUCGUUGUACACUCACAUCUACUACGCUUUCCUUGUGCCAAACAGCAUCACAUACAAAUUACAAGUUUCAAAUUCAACGGCCGAAAGCCUCUCGAGAUUCACGAGUAGCCUCAGCACCAAGACCCCUCCCCUAAAAACCCUCCUCUCCAUCGGUGGAGCAGGCAGUAACCGCGCCGUGUUUGCUAAAAUCGCCUCUAACCAUACUUCACGAGAAACCUUCAUAAAUUCCGCCAUUGAGGUAGCAAGAAAUUUCGGCUUCGAUGGGCUUGACCUAGAUUGGGAAUUCCCGCAAACUUCCACAGAAAUGGAUCACUUAGGCCUACUACUCCGAGACUGGCGCAGCGCAAUUCUCGACGACGCCAAAAGCAGAGGCCAGCCACCACUGCUUCUUACCGCUGCCAUGUAUUUCGCCGUCGAUUUCUUCCUAUCCCUCACCGCCCGCACAUACCCGGUGGCUUCAAUCAACAGCAAUAUGGACUGGAUCAACGUAAUGUCCUACGAUUAUAACGGGGCGUGGAGUAACAAGACCGGGCCUUUAGCUUCAUUAUUUAACCCGAGAAGCAAUGUAAACACCGUAUACGGGCUUCGGUCGUGGAUCCGGGCCGGGCUAUCCCCCCGCAAGAUUACUAUGGGCAUACCUCUUUAUGGGAGAACGUGGGAGCUCAAGGACCCCAAUCUGCAUGGAAUCGGGGCGCCAGCUGUUGGGAAGGGCCCAGGGAAUGGUGCAAUGGCGUACUUCCAAGUGGAGGAGUUUAAUAGGCGAACGGGUGCCAGGGUGGUGCAUGACGUGGACACGGUGUCAGUGUAUUCUUAUUCGGGAACCUCUUGGAUUAGUUACGAUAAUGCACUAACUGUGACGGCGAAGGUUGGAGCAGCUCAGGCUUUUGGGCUUCGUGGGUAUUUCUUUUGGGCUGCUGGUUUUGAUGGAGACGGGAAAAUCUCAACUCAAGCAUCGAAGGCUUGGAUCGUGGAUUAAAUGGGAGUGGAUCAAUGGCUGAGACGCAUUAACCAAUGUUGCUUUCAUUUAAAUUGAAUGGGAAUUUGGUAAAUGUAGAAUGUUAAAAUGGGAAAGUCUCGUUUAUUAUCUGUCUGAUUUUUUUUUAAAAAAA